AUGGAGGGACAGCGGCUGCCCGGCGCUGUCGACCCAAAGCACUUCCCGGCCAAGCUGUGGCAGCUGGUGAACAGCCCGCGCUGCGGCUCCGUGAGCUGGGAUGCCCUUGGCGAGGGGCUGCUCAUAGACCAGCGGCUCUUCGAGCGGGAGCUGCUGGGCGCGGGGCCGGCCGGCGAAGGGGCAGCGCUGGCAGGCGCCUUCUUCAAGACCAAGAACUUCUCCAGCUUCAUCCGGCAGCUCAACCUGUACGGCUUCCGUAAGCUGGGGCCGGAGCCCCUGCAGGGCCUGUCGCGGGGCGGUGCCGGCAGCUCGGCCGGGCCCCUGCUCCACUUCUACAGCCCCCAUUUCCGCCGCGACCGCCCCGACCUCCUCGUCCACCUGAAGCGCCUGACGAGCGCCAACAAGGCCAAGCUGGCGGCCGGCCUGCAGGUGCCCAGCCGCCCGCCCCAGCGCCUGCUCGGCACGGCGCUGCACGGGGAGCCGCUGCUGCCGGCCUCGACGCUGGGCGAGGCUGCCAGGCCCGCUGCACUGCAGGGUCCUUCACCCCCUGCCCAGGAAGAGCCUCUCCCUGUCAGCGCCAGUGCUGCGGCUGCGGCAUACACCGACUGCGGCUUUGUGCAGAGCCCACCAGGGCAGCCACCUUCUGCAGGUGAAUGCCUGCCCUCUGGAGGGGCAUCUGGUCAAGAGAAGAUGAUGGAGGAAUUCGAUUUUGAAGCCAUACUUGAUUUUCUGGAUGAGAUGCUUUCACCACCCAAUGCCGAAAUAGUGCCAUUGGAACCUGUGGAGAGAAGCCCCUGA